AGAGGGCGAGGCGAAAAGGUCUGGUUUCGAAUCAGUUGGUGCUCUCAAGUGUUCUCCCUCCAUCGGAUCAUUCGAUCUCUUCACUUUACAGUCACUGAGUUACUUUAAGGAUCGCAUGUUCUUUUGAGGAUUCUUGUUCAAGCUUUUUGCCGUAUCCUUCCUGAAAAAGUGAAGGAAAUGGGCUAUAUCGGGGUACAUGGUGAGGCGGCUCUACGAAGAUACUAGUGUCGUGGUGAGGAUCACUCUUAUGUGGCCAAAUAUGUCUUGCAACCCUUCCGAAGCCAUUUCGUGAAUCUCUUUCCUCUUUGUAUGCCGUAAGUGUUUCAUCUUUUUGGUUACACGAACUUGCGAAUUUAUUUAAGCUUACGCGAUCGCAUUUCAUGACGUUGCUGUAUGGUUUCCUUUAUUGCAAAUUAGUUGCUUGCUUUAUAUAAUUCUUUAACAUAUAAAUCCAGGUUGUUUCUGACGAUUCUCAUUUAGUUUGUUAUGGAUCUCGUUCAGAUUUGGUAAGUCUUUAGCAUAUAAUUGUUUCUCUUGUCAUUUUAAUGAAUUUUGCUCCUGAAUUUUGGAAAUGGCUCUUUUCCACCGAGCAACGCUGACAUCUUCUGCUCUCUGUUUGUCUCGGAGGACCUCUUCAGCCCAAACAUGGUGAAUUGAUCUUACAUCUAGUACUGAGUUGUCAUUUCUACCUCCAAUUUGAUGGAAUUGCUCUUCAUAUAUGUACAUUUUAUGUCAGAUAGCUUUUGCUGGAUUCAUGUUUUUGGUCACAUCUGCUCAGCUUGGCUAUGUGAGGGUCAAUCAAUCUGACUAUAUUAAUUAUCUUUAGCGUGUUUGGGAACUUAACUAUUUUCAUAGUGGAAGUAGCGUUUCUGUUAUUAUUUUUGCAAUUAGUUGCCCAAUUUUGUUCAAACGGAGCACAGAAAAUUAAAAUGUGGAUUCUAGAAGUUUGUAUCCUGAUUCAUUUGUAUGUCAUGGAAAAUUGAUAUGUUGUGGAAUCGUUUUCUGCAAGAAGCUACCGAUAAUUACCAACGUUGAGAAUUUCUCACUUUUCACGUAUUUUCUACUUUUUGCAAAAGGUACAUUCGCCUCAUCUGGAUUCAGCUACACCAAGAUGGGUUCAUCUAUCCCAUGGGUUUCUCCUUUUCUUAUAUCAGAUUCGAUUGGUUCUUAUUCAUUUCUACAAUGGUUCCCUUGUGCUUUGCUUUAAUGUAUGAAUUGUUCGAGUUCACUCUCGUGCUAAACUUUUGAUGUUGUUGAUGGAAAACAAGCGAGAAAAACAAAUUCCUCAAGUCCAUUUGGGGAACAUUUUGCCCAUGGUGAUCUGCCUCUUCAUAUUGUAACAACGCAAGCUCACUGCUAGCAGAUAUUGUCUUCUUUGGGCUUUUUAUUUCAGACUUUCCCUCCCUGUUUUUAAAACGUGUCUGCUUCAAGGUUUGAUGUUAUACAGAAUGCUUCGCUUUUUAUAAGGAUGUAGAAACCACUCCCUAAAAGAUGCGUUUUAAAACCGUGAGGUUAAGGGCGAUACGUAACGGGCCAAAAGCGGACAAUGUCCACUGGCGGUGGGCUUAACUUGUUACAAUUAUAUAGUAUCUUUUUCUUGACACUUUUUGAGUAUAUGUAACUGAUAUUGACAGAUGACGUGCUCUCUCCUUUCCAUACAGCUUUUCUCAGGAUGUGAUACACUUGCAUGUGCGUUUGAAUCCUUAGCUUUUGGAGUCACUGUCGCGUGUGGAAUGAAUACUUUUUUCUUGUGGGUUAUUGCAGCCAUUCCUUCUUAUGGUGCUACGUGGGAACAGCAAGUAGUCAGUAGUCAGAGUGAGUAUUGGUGCUCAAGGCUAAGCUCAACCACUUGGAAAAUCCUUACCAUAUUUAAGCUGGGUUCGAUUGCUUCCAGUGUGUUGUCGGUCGUCUAUGAGGUUGUUCAGGUUAGAAAAGGAAGUAUGUUACUGGCAUUUGCAAUGCUGUGCCCAUUUGCAGUUCUCCUUGGUGGAAUCCUGGCUUGGUAUGAUCUUGAGCUAUUGAAAAUCAAACAAUUUGAUAGCUUGUGGCUUUGUUUUCUCUCUCACAUGAAGUAAGGAUUUGAAACGUCCAAAUCGAAUCACUCAAUUCUGAGUAAAUGAAUAAAAUGCGAUUCAGCCAUUUGAUCUAUGAUCACAGAGACUUGGGAGGCAUCAUCCAAUGGAAAUAGAGCACGUCGGACAGCAAAGGUACAUUUCUUAGAGCAUGUAAUUUAAACUUAAUCAUGAGCACAUUCAAAUUAAAUAAAAAAGUAAGACAAUCUUUGUUGUUUUA